AUGUUUUCAAUACUCUCCGUCUACGGCGGUAGUGCAAUAGUGGGUGAACUGUUAGUGGGGGAAGUUACAGGAGUGGGAGAAUCACCAUCAGCAACAUCUCCAGCUCCAGCCUGCCUGCCUGCCUUCCUGCCUGGAGCCUGCCUUCCUGCCUGGUGCUUGCCGUUCAGCCUGCCUUCCCGCCUGCUACCUGGAGCCUGCCUUCCUGCCUGGUGCUUGCCGUUCAGCCUGCCUUCCCGCCUGACGCCUACCUUCCUGCCUGGUGCCUGCCUUCCUGCCUGGAGCCUGCCUUCCUGCCUGGUGCUUGCCGUUCAGCCUGCCUUCCCGCCUGCUACCUGGAGCCUGCCUUCCUGCCUGGAGCCUGCCUUCCUGCCUGGUGCUUGCCGUUCAGCCUGCCUUCCCGCCUGCUACCUGGAGCCUGCCUUCGUGCCUGGUGCCUGCCUUCCUGCCUGGUGCUUACCGUUCAGCCUGCCUUCCCGCCUGACGCCUACCUUCCUGCCUGGUGCUUGCCGUUCAACCUACCUGACGCCUGCCUUCGUGCCUGCCUUCCUGCCUGGAGCCUGCCUUCCUGCCUGGUGCUUGCCGUUCAGCCUGCCUUCCCGCCUGCUACCUGGAGCCUGCCUUCGUGCCUGGUGCUUGCCGUUCAGCCUGCCUGACGCCUGCCUUCGUGCCUGCCUGACGCUUGCCUUCGUACCUGUCUGUUGCCUGCCGCCUGCUUGCCGCCUUCCUGCUUACCAUUACAGUUGUAGCAGUAUCAGUCAACCGGCUCGCAGUCGUUGUAUUAGCAGUAGCCAGUCUUCAGCCUACCAUUGCAGUUGCAGCAGUGUCAGUCAACCGGCUCGCAGUCGUUGUAUUAGCAGUAUCAAUCAACCGGCUCGCGGUCGUUAUCUUCAAAGACUCUUUCCUCCUCCUCCUCCUCCUCCUCCUCCUACCGUUGAGGACACUACAGAAGAAGAGUUAGCUGUGGACAACUGUUAG